AUGUAUUGCUCUUCUUCAAAGCAUAAACUUUGUAACAGGGAUUACGGGACGAAUGUUCCACCUCAAAGUCGCAGUAACACUCCAAGAAGUACACCAGCACCUCCUGCAGUUGAGCCACCGAAGCCAACUCCUACGCGUGUGGUUGAUGCUUUUCCUGAAUUCAAGGCUGCGCCGGAUUAUGAUGCCUGCUCGUUUGUGGACGAUUCUAUGUCAAUCACCACUUCCACUGAGGAUGAGUCAAAUUUUGAGAUUGAUAUAGUGCCAGAAGAGGAUGAUCUGGAUUUGGCUGAUAUUGCUGAAGAUGCGGCGACUAUUGAUGACGCAAUAAUUAGCGAUCGUAUAUACAAAGUGUUGAUGGCGAAGCAAGGCAAUAUCUUAGUUGUUGAUCUAGUGACAGUAUUAGCAAUAGUCAAUGUGUAUAACAAGAAUACAUUAGUUAUGGGAAAAGUCGAAAAGUACGUCACGUUUUCUGUUUCUGCACCUUCGGAUACUUCGAUAAGUCAUGUAGAGGUGAAUGUAAACAAAGUAUCUCUUCAACUGGAUGAUGAAAUUGUUUCUCAUUUGGCGGCAUUCGCACUCGACGAAGAGGUGACCGAAAACAAAGUUCAUCUUGUCAUUAAAGUCUGUGAUACAAAUGUGGAAAUUCGGGAUCGCAAAAAGAAGAAACCAAUGCGACUAAAAAUUAAGCAGUGUGUGAUCGAACAGGAGGAAGACGGAGAUGACACCUGA